AUGCAGUACGUAAUGCUCUGCUGGGAUCGAAAAGAUCAUCGCAUUACUAUCAAGACUAUCAUACUAGUCAAAGUGGGACCGUCAAUCAUUGCUGAAAUCAGGAAACAAGACUUGGGGAGUAGCUCAUCUGAAUCAACAAUGAUAAGGUCAGCAGUGGGUGUGAUUCUGGCUGUCAUCCUUGCUGUCACAGUCGCGUCGUACAUGACAGUGUCGCCGCCUGGAGCAGUUUACAUCGACCCCCUACUAUAUAAUGUUGUAGGAGCAAACUACACAAAAUGGCGCAACUCUUCCGCUAUUGGCUUUAACCCCACCAACACUGCACCCCCAUUCAUUCAGGUCUUUGACCGCUCGUUCCUCGAUGUCACAGGACCAUCUGCCACCAUUCGUAAAAUUGCUUCGAACCCUGACUUUGCUUUUGCCCAUGAGGCACCCAUCUAUGUUGAAGACCUCAACUUGGUCUUCUUUGCAAGCAAUGCCGGUGGUGCACUUGGGUACAGUGGCUGGCAUAACAACAGCGUUGUUGGUAUGAUCAACAUGACAGAAGUCGACACAGGCGCUGGCUUCUACGGCUGGAGAUUGGGUCGCUCCGCUUGGUCGUUGAUGCUUAACCGUCAUGACUUUCAGCUCAACCUCUCCGAUAAUGUCCAAAUGGUCAACGGGGGAACAGGCCCAUACAAGGGAGACCUUCUGUUCGUCACCUCAGGUCGUGCUUUGCUUCCUCCUUCUAUUGUUCGCGUCAAUCCCAACCCUCCCUACAAUACCACUGUUAUCCUGGACAACUUCUUAGGCAGGCAGUUCAACUCGCUCAAUGAUAUCAAAAUCCUCCCUGGCACGAACAUUAUGUUCUUCACCGAUCCCGCCUACGGGUGGCUUAAUGGUUUCCGUCCUGAACCAAUGUUACCAUCACAAGUAUACCGCUUUGAUCCAUCCACUGGGCAGGUCAGAGUUGUCGCUGACCAGUUUGUACAUCCGAAUGGUAUUGCAUUCGCACCCAAUGGCAAAACUGCAUUCAUCACCGACACGGGUGUUCUUGGAGGCUUCCUCGGAACGAACCAGACCUUUCCAGCCACAAUCUAUCAGUUCGACAUUGACCCAACGACGCAGUCGUUCACGAAUCGUAGAGUGUUCGCCUACAUUGACUCCGGUGCACCGGAUGGCAUUCAGCUUGAUACCAAGGGUAACGUUUAUUCCGGUUGCGGGGAUGGUAUUAAUGUCUGGAAUGGCGAAGGCACACUCAUUGGAAAGUUCUACCUAAACAGCACUACAGCUGAGCUGAUCUUCACGAAGUCUGGUCUCGUUAUUUUGGAGGAAACGGCGAUGACCAUAGUUCAGCUAAAUCCUGAAGGCCCGGCCCAGUGCUUGGUUCGCGCAUUGGAAUGGGCGCCUUUCCAUCCCUCCGUCGGGCGAUUCGAAUAUUUCGAAUAUCUCCCAACGGAGAUACGAGAGCCGAACAUAGGUGAUAUCUGCGGACAAGCUGAGGAAGUGCGAAACAGGAUCGUUCCUCAGCUGGCUGUACAAAUGCAUACCAACUCCAGGGCAUCCGAGACUCUGCAAGUCACAUAUAUGUUCACGAUCCCGUACUGA